UAAGUACUGGUCUUAAGGGUCUUCCCUGCAUUUUUCAACAUAACUCUCCUUCGCAUGUUACUUCAGUUUUCAGCAGCACGCCCAGGAUCACUCAUCGUAGACACUAAUAGGAGCGAAUGUAUCUCAAUCGCUACUUGCUGCAUAGUCACAAUGCAUAUGCUCCAUUUCGACUUUCUCUCGCCAGCCAUCGGACGUCCGAUUACCACUUCCUUUCCGUUCCGCGACUAUAUGCAGCUCGACAACGGUAUCUGCUCCCCUACGAUUUAUAAAUCGUAAGGUCCUUUGUAAGCUCUCCUGCGGGGCCAAUGCUACGUAGAGGCUAGAGCCCCCUAUUCAUCUCGGACCCGUCGGAUAGGGAUGAAUUGUGCAGCGGACGCGUCAUUUUCGUCUUCCCUGACAUCAUUAACAGCUCACAGUGAAUAACGGUAUAAAGAGGCAAGCGUCAUCCUGUUUUCCCUCACCUUACUCUUUCUAUCAUCAUGUCCAAGGUAGUCACUAUCGUAGGCGGCCAUGGCAAGGUUGGGCUCCGACUAUCUCGUCUUCUGAAGUCAACCGCUAGGGUUACUUCAAUCAUCCAUAUCCCCGAGCAUGCCCCUGAGGUUAAGGCAGCUGGGGCGAUUCCGAUUAUUCUCUCCCUGGAGAGUGACCCAGUUGAACAGUUCAGUGCUGUCUUUGCAGGCUCUGACGUCGUAGUAUUCUCUGCUGGGGCAGGCGGAAAAGGCGGACCAGAACGCACCAAAGCGGUUGACUACGAAGGCGCUGUAAAGGUCUUUGACGCAAUAGAGGCGAUCAAGGGAGAGAAGCCAAGACUCCUCCUUGUCUCUGCCAUUGAUGCUAGAGACCGAAACAAGAUUCCUCACUAUUAUAACGAAGAAGAUGUUCGAGUAUCCGAUGCCUUCUGGAAAACUCUUUCAACCUAUAUGACAUGGAAGUAUGAGGCGGAGAAGGACUUGCAUAAACGCACAGCUUUCAAGUGGACCGUCCUUCGUGCCUCGGAACUCUUGGAGACACCUGGGACCGGUAAAGCUUCCAUCGGAAUGACUCAUAUUACACCAGGUAUUAGUCGCGACGACGUUGCAAAGACCCUUGCGCUCCUCGUGGACCGACCAGAUGCGGAUGGAUUGUCGUUAGAUAUCAUUGGUGGAGAGACAUCCAUCGAUGAGGCGUUGGACUCGGCCAUUCGGAACCGGGUGACAUCCUGGAGCGGCUGAAUGUCGAGCUAAGAUUAAUGAACUCUGUAUUUGUAUGUGUGCAUGGUUUUAGUGAAAGCUUGUAUAGUCGUAAAGAAUAAACUGUACCAAUGUACGGCGACACUCCGAAUCACUCUGUACCGUUUGAGAAAUCACGCAAGGCAUGUGCAAUUUAGCGGUCCGCAGCUAGCUUGCAGACAAUGAUAGAUUCGCCAUGUAUAAAGAAAUUCUAUAGUACAGUUGUAUAGCGCAGUUUACGGAAGCCAUCAUUGUUACCGACGUCAGCGGGAGGGAGAG